UGAGCCACAAACUUAACAAAGUGUUCCCAUUAGGCCCCCAUUGAACUAUGCAAAGCAAGACAGUUGUGAUGUCCCUGUAAAGUUACUGCAGGAACACAGUAGAAUUAUAUUUCUAUGAAGUGUUUGAGUGUUUCAAACUUUAGUGUCAGUGACUUCACAGUACUAUGUGUUGCUUGCUGCCAUAGAAAUGGAAUUCUUCAUUCUAAUUCUAUAGUACUAGUUCUAAUUCUACCACUUAAGUUGCUUUUCUUUAGUGAGUAGUUAACAAGUUUAUCUUCCCAUAUUAGAAGGUUGUAUAUUGUUCCUGCCAACAUUUCCCAGUACACGUUAAAACAGCUGCCAUGGAGUUACGCAUUUGUAGAGCAUCAUAAUGCUUUGGGGUUGAAACAACAGGUCAAUCUCUCUCCAUCUCUGUGUCAGUAAAGUUAGCUAUGGAAAAGGCAGUUAGGGCCCUGUCUUUCCCACUGUCUGUCUCCAGCCUUCUAUGUCUCCUGUCCCUGCUGUGCUGUGUCCCUGCGGGGAGACCCUGUCUGCAGUGUGACCGCAGGGUCAGGCUCCUCCAUGAAGACUACCUAUUGGCUGCUGCCUCUGCCACCAUAGAGGACCAGAUAGAACUGAAGAAGAUUCUAGACUAUGCCUACGUCACCUACACAACCACCAGCAACCAGUAUAGCGGAGUUAUUGGUAGGUGGUUGUUACUUACGAGCCAAGCGCACUACCAACUGUGCCAUAAAGGUCCAGACCUCUUAGUAGGCGUUACAGAGCACGUUAAUACGUGUGGUGUGUGUGUGCCCCCAGACCCGACCACCCUCUACAGGGCCAGUACAGAAUACCAGAGUGAGUUUGACCGUUUCCAGGGAAGCCAACUCACAGGGCCUCUGACGUUUGAGGCUAUUCAAAUUCUGGAGAAAGGCAGGAAAAUUCUCGAGAAACACCUGCAGACUUUUGUCCAGAAAGGUCUCUGCCCAAACACAUGUGGGUUGCUGUAUCAGAGAGUAAUGAACUGCCUUUCCUGUCAGUACAAGCUGCACACCUGCCCCUCUACCACUCAGGACUGCGGGGAGUAUCCAGUGGAGGCAGCAGAGGGGGGACAGGCAGUGUUGGACUGUUUCCUCCCCUGGCAUAGUCUAGUUGUGGGCCGGCCAGAUUAUCACUACACCUGGGCUCCAGGGACGCAAAGGACUCUGACAGAGGGUGAUUUCAGAGUGCUGGUGGUUACUGAGGAUUCCUCUGUGGUGCUGAACCAGCUGCAUGUCGAUGAGGAGGGCAUGUACCGCUGCCUCCUAACGGAUGGCAAAGGAACUGUCCUUUCACGCACACACUUCCUGCUCACUGUCACCCCGUCACCUGUCCCGACUCCCAGAUCUCUCAUCACCCUGCCCUCCCUCCCUCCUAAUUAUGAUGCCUCCCACCUUUCUCACCCUCCCACUGACCUCCUGCUGGUCAUCAUCAUCAUGGUUACUGCCCUGAGUCUGACGGCCAGCCUAGCCCUUGCUAUUGCUUUUGGGUGA